AUGCUGCAGUUUAUCUCGCCCAGCGACGACGCGACCGAGAUCGAGAGAUUCCGCGCGCGCCACCGCCGUCUACUCCGCACUCAGCAACAUCAGAACUCGUCUGCCAAGGUGGAGGAUCUGGAAGAGGACGACGGACGAAGACGUAAAAUUUCUGCCAAUUGGCGACGCAAGCAGCAAGUUACACACCAAAGCGACAGCCACUGGUGUCAAUCAAUAAGCGUAGGCGAUGGCUUCAAUGCCUUUGACUUUUCGACGUCGCCCGAAGCUUUUCAUGAUGAGCCGGAGACUCCGUUGGAGUCAUGUCCUGUUCUUCAGGAUGAGCAGCGUAUGGCUGACGUGGCGAGACAAGUGACGUCGAUGGGUUUCCACUGCGCCAGUAUGUGGUCGACUACUGGGCAGAGUCAUUGGGGGCCUCCUACGAACUACAUCCCGUGCGCUGACCAACGACGAGCCGCCCUCUAUCAGCAGCCGCAGUACUAUGGGUGA